AUGGCUGGAAUUUACCACCCCGUCUGCCCUGCGUAUUGCAGGGAUUCCAAUGCCUGGAAAACACAACUUGUCGGCGGCAGCUGUGGGGUGCUUGCACUGGCUUUAGUUUUGGGGGCUGUGGUUUGGAUUGUCAGGUUUCAUGCCCGGCAAGCCCGGCUGAAGAACCCCCAGAUGGUGAUCAAUGAGGAGUACCUCCAGCAGAAGGAGGAGGAGAGGAAGAGGGAGAAGAAGAGUCCGUGGUGGCAGUUCCGGGCGAAGAAUGCGCCGAGGUCCAAAGCGCCGGCCCAUCGGCCGAUCCGGCAAUUGUGGGGGCACGCCCACGUUCAAAGGCCAGACUCGAGUACUCAAGUGGCGCUCAUGGCGCCAUGCGGCCUCCACCUCCCCCACCCGCCCGACGUCGACCCUGACGUCCUGUCCACCAUCAAGAGUGCCCUCAAGGGCAAGGGCAAGUCGUAA